AUGGCAGCAAGACCCAACAUUCCACCCGCGGUUCCAAUACCCCGAGGACUCAUACCAUCUGGUAUCGACUGGCGAAGAAUCUUCUCUACGGGAUUACAACUUGCCGGAACUGCAGCUUUGGGUUAUGCUGCCAUCAGUACCUUCGGUGCUUCGCUCUCGGUCGCUACUCCAGGUAUCACCGCUCUCAAAACCAAAGCAUUGACUACCGCCUCCGCAAAAGUCCCUGGAUUCGCAUCUACCAUGGGAUGGCUCUCGGGUCCCACCACUACCGCCAAGACUGCGAGAGUGGCUGCUACCGUUAUAGGAUAUUACAAAACGGGUCAAAUGGUUGAAGUCGUCAUAGGGCAUACAGCGAUCAUCCUUUUCCAAGCUGUCUCUCUCGGCGCGUUAGUUCGACACGCUAAACUCGUUGGAAUGCCCUUAACUCACGAAGCAAUCCUACUCGAACUCUUCACUUUAAUCGCUAGCAGUAUCGGCCUUACACUCAAUACCCUCGCUGCGACUUAUUACAUCAUCCUUGGUCCCAUGUCUAUCGGUGCUACCGCCGUGACGAUCGAAAGUGCAAUCAUUGCUGGUAAAGGGACCACAAUGGCUAUGGCAUACUUAGUCAAGAAGGUAAAGGGUACACCUAGACGUACACCUAGAAACACAAGUCCCGGUACUGGUGUUGGUGUUACUCAAGAGGACGACAAUGAUUCUGACUCCGAUUCUGAAUCAGAUGAAUCCAUCAUUGAUAAAGAGGAUUACAACAUGAAUACCCCAUUCGAAUUAUCAGAGAAUGUGAUGGGCAUUCCUGUUCCAGUCCACGUUCCUAGAUGGGUUUAA